GGUUGACGCGCUUCCGGCUUUUGUGACACUCUGGGUUCCAGCGAGCGGAGGGGCGGGGCCCCGGUCCCUUUGAUCCCCAGAGGCACCUCCCUUUCGGUCCCAGCACCCCAGACGCCUCCGGGGUUCACGGCUUGCAAAAACUGACCUCCUAAAUCAUCAGGGACAGAAAGGACAGUCCCGCAGACAGAUGCUGUUUGGACCAAGGGGGCCCGUUCUUUGAACCCGAACAAUGACUGCCAAAUCAAGGAAUGCUAUAGAUUGGUCUCCCCAGGAGAUGGAAGGUGCCGUGAUGGUGAAAGUGGAGGAGGAAGAGGAAGCAGCUGAGGAAGACUGUUUGCAAAGAGAAAGAAGUCAAGGGGCGUCAGCACCAAGACUUCCUAGUCGUUCCACAACUAUGAAUGAGAGGGCCUUAUUAUCAUCAUAUUUGGUUGCCUACCGCGUGGCAAAAGAGAAAAUGGCUCACACCGCUGCUGAGAAAAUUAUUCUUCCCGCCUGUAUGGACAUGGUACGGACCAUCUUUGACGAUAAGUCAGCUGAUAAAUUAAGAACCAUACCUCUGAGUGAUAAUACAAUAUCGCGUCGAAUCUGCGCUAUUGCCAAACACCUAGAGGCAAUGCUUAUGGCGCGGCUACAGUCUGGUAUAGAUUUUGCCAUCCAGCUUGACGAGAGCACUGAUAUUGCAGGGUGCCCGGUGCUCUUGGUGUAUGUCAGAUACGUGUGGCAAGAUGACUUUAUAGAGGAUCUGUUAUGCUGUUUAAAUUUAAAUUCACACGGGGCUGGAUUAGAUUGGUUCGCUGAAUUAGAAAAGUGCGUGGUGGGUCAACAUCAAUUAAACUGGAAAAACUGUAAAGGAAUAUCAAGCGAUGGGGCAGCACACAUGACUGGAAGACAGAGCAGAGUUAUUGAAAAAUUGUUAGAAGCAGCCCAUCCCAGCGCUCCUUGGAGCCACUGUUUUAUUCAUCGAGAAGCUUUGGUAUCCAAAGGAAUGCCGCCAAGCCUAACGGAGGUGCUGAAAAAUGCAGUGAAAAUUGUGAAUUUCAUUAAAGGAAGCGCAUCCAAUAGCCGACUUCUUGAAAUAUUUUGUUCAGAGAUUGGCGUUCACCAUACCUACUUAUUGUUUCACACAGAAGUUCGUUGGUUGUCCCAAGGAAAAGUCUUGAGCAGGGUAUAUGAACUCAGGAGUGAGAUUUACAUGUUUCUCAUGGAAAAGCAGUCUCCCCUGGCCACUCUUUUCGAAGAUGACACUUGGGUUACAAAACUGGCAUACGUAAGUGAUGUGUUUGGCAUUCUUCAUGAAUUAAAUGUGAAGCUACAAGGGAAAACCAAUGAUAUAUUUCAGUAUCUUGAGCAUAUCCGAGCAUUCCAGAAGACGUUAUCAUUGUGGCAAGCACGACUGAACAGCGACCGCCCCAGCUACUACAUGUUCCCAUCACUGUUGCAACACAUUGAAGAGAGCAUCAUUGAUGGAGCCUGCUUACGAGAAAUAAAAUCAGAGAUAUUAUCACAUCUCAUGUCUUUGUCUCAGACCUUAAAUCACUACUUCCCAGAGGAGAAAUUUCGGGCAUUAAAGGAAAAUAUUUGGAUGAAAGAUCCAUUUGCUUUUCAAACCCCAGAGUCGAUUGUGGAGUUAAACUUGGCACCCGAAGAAGAGAAUGAGCUCUUGCAGCUCAGUUCGUCAUUCACGCUGAGGAACUAUUACAAGACACUAAGUUUAUCAGCAUUUUGGAUUAAGAUUCAAGGUGAAUUCCCACUGCUAAGUAGAAAGAGUAUACUGCUGUUGCUACCGUUCACAACUACCUAUUUGUGUGAACUAGGAUUUUCCAUCUUGACACGAUUAAAAACAAAGAAGAGAAACAGGCUCAACAGUGCACCUGACAUGCGGGUAGCCUUGUCUUCGUGUGUUCCGGACUGGAAUGAACUUAUGAACAGGCAAGCACACCCAUCACAUUAAAUACAGCCUUUAGGGAGUUCCCAUCGCGGGGCAGCGGAAGCAAAUCUGACUAGGAACCAUGAGGUUGUGGGUUCGAUCCCUGG